GUUUGGUCGAGGCAACGGGCUGAAGCAGUGAAGGAGGCGUCUACCUAUAUGAUGUCUAUGCGCGACGCCGUGACUGUUACAAAUAGUAUACACCAUAGAUAUAUAUAGAACACUAGAUAUAUAUAGAACACUAGAUAUAUAUAGAACACUAGAUAUAGAACACUAGAUACGCCACGCCCCUCUCAGCCGCGGCACACGGAGCCGCCAUCUUGUGUGGGUCUUGAGUAAGUAUUCUCACACUGUCAGACAGCCAAAGAUAUUAUGGUCACAGCUAAUUUCUCAGCUCAAAAAAAAAUGCCAGUUCAUUGUGCUGCUUUCGGGUGUGUACACCGACGUUCAGUACACACCAGACGAGAGGGAAUCACUUUCCACAGGUUUCCCAAAGCCGGUGACCAGCGAAGAAAAUGGGAAGUCGCUCUUAAAAGACAGGGUUUUGCUGCCAAUGACGAUACCAUGCUCUGCAGUAAACAUUUCAAGCCAGAGCAUUUUGACCGGACUGGUCAAACUGUCAGGAUCAGACUUGGUGUUGUUCCAUCCAUCUUUGCCUUCCCCGCUCAUCUUCUAAAAUCAACAGCCAGCACUGACCGGACCACCUCGAAUUCAAGGCGAGCCAAGGAGAGCCUUCCAAUGGACAUCCCUCAAUAUGCCCCUGUUGAACCUGCAGCUCUGCCUCAGUCUCAGCUUGUUGACCACACUUAUGCUCUGUCCAGUUGCCCUUUUGCUCUUAAGGAGGGGUACAUUAAGGCAAAGGACAAUGUAAGCAGACUGCAGAGGGAAAAGAUGAAUACAAGGAAGCGUGAAUUGAGGGCAAAGAGUUCCUUGCAGGAUGUGCUGAUGGAGCUGAGGGAGAAAAACUUGAUGACUGAAGAACUAAGUCAGAGGGUUGGAUUGUAUGCAGAUCUCCCACUGCACCUUUUCGAGAAAAAGGCCAGUGAAUACAGCAAAGAACAGAGGGAGUUUGCCAUCACAUUACACCUGCAUGGACCCAAGGCAUACCGCUACCUCAGAAGCACGCUGCAACUUCCUCUCCCUCAUCCACGCUCAUUUUUGGAAAUUUAAGGUACCUGUCUGUCAUGGGGUUCGUUAUAAACAUUGACACUCUGAUGGGGAUGAUUCCUCAACUCCUGGAAGAGCAACAAUAUGUCCUGACCUACCGCUUCAGCCAGGAUCAUUUGGAGCUUCUCUUCAAUUCUAUCAGAGCAUCAGGAGGCUGGAAUAACAACCCAACUGCUGGACAGUUCCAGGGUAUCUUCCGCAAGCUCAUGUAUAGAUGUGGUGUCAAGCCUGUGGAUUCUGGCAACGUGAGAGGACAGGAUGCCACUGUCACCCUGUCAGCUGAGCACUACACCAGAGUCUCCUUUCCGCUGCUGAGAUGUCCUCUGCAGAUGCCGCCACUGCUGAAGAGCUGGUUUCUCCAUUCCUGAACAUUUCGGCCCUUGUAGGGGACCACAGCUACCUCCCGACUCGCUUUGGUGGUCUAGUAGACAACGCACUGGUCUACAUUGCUGGGUUCGUUGUCCGGUGUAUUUUUCGCAGCCUGUCCUGUGAUGUGUGCCGUGCCAGCCUGGUGACAGAUGCUGUAGCUGUCCCAUUUGACCAGAGCUACCAUCUGCUGGAACUUCGUAACAACGGUGGGCUGAUGAUUCCUUCAAAAGGAACUGUAAAGGUGGUGAGAGCUGCGGAGAGGGCCAUUCGUCAACACUCUCCAGGGAAAGCCCCUGAUGAGGUUGUUGUA